AUGCCUCGCAUGGCAGAACGCAUUGCGGGCACUUUCGCAGGACCGGAUAACCCCCUCUCACGGGCUCACGACAAUUCGCUACCUCAUGUAAUUAUAAGUUCUCGUCCCGGUUCCAUCAUUUCGCAAGAUCUUUUAUCGCCAUCUCCACAGGAUAGCCGAAGGUACACCUUGGUUGAUACUGGUGACGGGGUGUUGGAAAUCAAAGGUGAAACAAAUGAUUUGCUUGACAUUAUUCAAGACGCUAAUAUGGACGGAGUUCGUCACCUCAAAGCAACGGACCCGUUGUCAAGAUACAUAUGGUGUUUUAUCAUCAUCAUAUUCGUAUUUCUUGCUCUUAUCCAAAUUCAUUCUCAAAUUAUGUUAUACUACUCGGGACCUGUGGCCACAAAUAUUGAGGCUCAAUAUCCUUCUACAAUUGCAUUUCCAACUGUGGCCUUGUGUAACAACAAUCAGUUCAGGCUGAGUUACAUUACCGGUGCUCGCAUACUCCACCGACGGGCACGUCCAAGCAAUGGAAAAUUGAAAUCCUUGUCAGGGAAGCCAAGAAACGUUUUCGAAGAGGUUAUAGAGCGAACUUGGGACAUGGACGCUAUACGUUUUCUUCGACAAGCUGCUCACUGGAAAUCUAGAAUGAUUCUGGGGUGUACCUGGCCCAAUGGAACAAGUUGUCGCCUAAGCGAUUUCAAGCCUGUAUGGACCCUAACAGGGUUAUGUUGGGCUAUCAAUACCGACCCCAUGAAUCCUUUGGAAGUUGUGGGAAGUGGUGUGGGACAUUCAAUCCGACUUCUCCUCAAUGUGGAAACAUAUGAGAGAGUCGACGCGUGCACCACACAUUUUCGUACAAAAGCACUUCCUGGUUUAAAGAUUCUCAUUUACAAUCAAACAACCGUACCCCUGACCAGCUACAAUGGUGUUAACAUUCCUUCCGGUUAUGCUAUGGAUAUUCGCUUCAGAAUGCAACAUCACAAUCGCUUACCCGGACAACACUGCACCACCGAGACAGCCGAGCACGUAGACGCUGAUAAGAGAUUCAACUCUUCUUCAAACGUUCGGACUUGCGAGUUGCGCAAAGCUCUAAGAGAAAUUGAGUACGAGUGCGAAUGUUCUAUGGCGAGAGCAUUCACCAACCAGCAAAUAGCCACGACUAGACCGUGCAAUGUCGAUGAUUACUUCGGCUGCGUUCGAGGUGUUGUACAAAAAUCGCUGGAAGAAGGCUCGAGAAGAGAAUGUCUUCCACCGUGUGAAUCUGUAGAUUAUGUUACUUGGCAGGAUUUGAACAGACUACCACAAAACCUGAUGCCAGCCCUGAUUGAGGGGCACGAAGAGGAGGAUGAAUCGGAUGUAGAACAGGAUGACAUCGAGGAAGAUAAAUAUCUGUCGCUUACGAACCGUACAGACGAGAAAUUUUUCCUUUGUGAAGAAAAUGCGUUCCUGGACUCAGUACAGGUGACCUAUAUCAAACGAGAUGCUCACCGAGCAUAUGAAAAACAGGCACGUCAUCAGGAUGACAUCUUUCUAAGGACAAAAAGGCGCAUUAUAAGGCUACGGACUGCUAUACAAAACGUUUCCGACUUGAAAUGGGGAUGGCACGGCGACGACUUUAUCGGAGUAUACGAACGACUAUCGAAGGAUGCUACGUGCUUUGCCAAUUUUACGGUCCGGCACGAGGCAAUAUCCUCUGUUAUGGAGAGCCGUCCGAGCCAUAGCGAAGAAAGACGCGCAAGCCAGAUUUUUUACUUGAUUGAUCCCAUGGCCCAUAGAGCAGAUCCAAGGAGGUUCAAAAGCAUAGGAGACUUGAAAAGAUUUUAUGGUGAUCGAGUCGAUGUUGCGUUGAGUGAACUGCAAGAUAUUGGGGAGACGGUCGACAAAAUGAUGAAAUUAUACUCACCAUCCACCUACCAAGCUGCAAUAAUGGGUGAAGCAGCCCGAAUGGACCGUGUUGUGGAGCUUAUGACACAGUACGAAACUGGCCGAUUGCAGCGUCGUGUAUGGGCUGAAAAAAUGCAAUCCAAGCAAAUGAGGCAUUUCUUUGAGGAUGAGUUCAAUGAGGGCUGGUAUCAACCAAUCAUCCACGAUAUAGAGCACUCGCUUCACAAGGUGAUCCAAGAAAUCGAAAAAGAAAAUUGGCCAAAAUUUCAGAGCUACGUGGCAAAUGGUAGUGGCAUUAAAACAGGAGCACUCCUCUUUUUCGACUCUGUCACCAAGGAAAACCAGGAGAAGUUCAAAGAUAUCAUCAAGGACAUGUACAACUGCACAACUGGGGAUGUAAAGAAAACAGCGAAUGAAAUGCUGAAAGAAUUCAAACGUCUCUAUCGUGAACUGCAGUCGUCGUAUACAAAUCUUUUCAAGAAGGAGCUGAAUGAGUACUUGGAGAAUUUUGAGUUUGGAACAAAGUUUGUAAGCGAAAAUUUCGCAAUGGUAAAUGUAUUCUUGCAACAAAUGCAUCUGGAACGAUGGAGUCAGGAUAAUACCUAUGGUUUCUGGAGUCUUGCUUUUCCUAAGCCACUGCCAAAAGUGGAUGGACGUCCGCGCAUUCCGUACGAUGAAACACCCAGAUUAAAAAGGAGGCUGGGAGACAUAGCUGAAGAUGACAGUGGUAUGGAAUCUUUUGGCGAUCCUACAGGAUGGAGCAAUACCUCAAAGCGCUCUCCAUCAUCUAUCGUCAAUCCCUUAGCGGACCUCCUUGACUCGGAAUCCCCGAAAUUCCGUCAGAAACAUGGCGUAGAGGGUGUCCCAAAGGCAAAGGCUUCACUGUCAGAGGAACGUCAAAACUCACAGGAAGAAGAUGUCUCCCAGAUGACAGAUUCACUUACAACCAUUACUCCGAAGUUGUUUGCAAGCCCUGCUGAACGUCAAACUACUCUAUGA